AUGCACUUCGCCAGAAACUCUGCCCUGGCUGGGCUAGCUGUCAUUCCCCUUGCCUUUGCCCAAACCUACACCACCUGCAACCCUAUGGACAAGACAUGCCCUAACGACACUGGACUUGACUCGGCUAGCUUUGCCUGCGACUUCACCCAGGGCAAGUCGGCUCUUGCUAGUUGGAGCACUGCCACCGGAACUUCGCUCACCUACGAUGGCUCUAAGGGUGCUCAGUUCGUUAUCAAUGGCAAGAACCAGGCACCUACCAUCUCAUCUGACUUCUACAUCUUCUUCGGACGUGUUGAUGUUACCAUGCAAGCAGCUCCUGGUGUUGGUAUCGUGAGCAGUAUGGUUCUUCAGUCCGAGGAUCUGGACGAGAUUGAUUGGGAAUGGCUCGGUGGUGACGGUACCCAAGCUCAAACCAAUUACUUUGGCAAGGGCAACACCACCUCAUAUGAUCGUGGUACCUACCAGAGUGUCUCAUCACCUCAGACCAUCAUGCACACUUACAGCUUCGACUGGACCCAGGAGAAGAUUGACUGGCUCAUCGACGGUGUGGUCGUUCGCACCCUCAUGUACGCCGACGCUGUAGGUGGUAAGAACUUCCCUCAGACCCCUAUGCGCCUCAAGUUGGGCAACUGGAUCGCUGGCGACCCGGCCACCAACGCCCCCGGCACUAUCGAGUGGGCUGGUGGUGAGACCGACUUCUCCAAGGCUCCUUUCACCAUGUAUGUCAAGACUGUCAGCAUCACCAACUACAACCCGGCCAAGGAGUACGAGUGGACCGACAGAAGUGGCAGCUACGAGAGCAUCAAGCUGGUUGACGGUUCUUCUGGAUCAUCCUCGUCUUCAGCUUCUGGCAGCAGCGGCUCGGCUUCCGGCACCGCAACUAAACUCAAGUCGACUGCAGUCAUUUCGAACAGCUUGAACACUGUUGCGCCCACCUCUUCCAUCAGCGUUAAGAAGGCUCAGGCUCAGGACAGCGCAGCUAUUGUUGCAAGCUCCAACUCUUCUUCGACUGCUUCCACUCUGAAGUCGGUCAUCAGCAGUGUCAGCGCCAGCGUCACCUCGGCUGCCGCAUCUGCAUCUGCAUCCGCAUCUGCAUCAAAGAGCUCAUCUCACAGCUCUUCUGCUUCAGCCACCUCGAGCCAGCCUGCACAGCAAAGCACCAACGCUGGCGUUUCCAACACUGUUGCAACUGGCCUUUUCUCCGUUGUUGGCGCCGCAUUUGCCUUCUUCAUCCUCUAA